CGGCGCAAGCACAGGAAACAUGUUUUUCCUCGGGAUUGUGCUCAUUCUCUUCUUCUCAGGUGUGUUACCAUCCUCGGCACCCAUCUUCCCCUUCUCUCCCUCCCCUGCUGACUGUGUUGAGGCUCACCGGUUGUGUACCGCCGACCCCCGGUGUGCGGCGUUGUACCGAGGGCUGGAGCUGUGUGCAGCCGACGCUGCGGUGUCUCUGGGGGAGCAGGCAGCGGCUGAGUGCCUGGAGAGCCAGGAUGCCUUGCUGGCCAAACACUCUGCUCUGCUGACCUGCAAGUGCCAGCGAAGUUCCCGCCGAGAGGAGCACUGCCUCCACAUAUACUGGAGGGUUCGCCUCCUGCCAGGGGAGGAGGAGCUUGAAAUGUCUCCUUAUGAUGACACGUUCAUGGACACUCGCAUGGCUUCUUUAGUGGCAGCCUCCUCAUUCCUGCCACUGGACAGUACAAACCAAUGCCUGAAGGCGGCUCAGGACUGCGGUCUGUAUGAGAAAUGUGGUUCCCUUCGUUCCGAGUAUGUCUUGGCCUGCACAAAGCGGGUGCCCGGAACUGACCGAUGCAACCAGCACAAGUGCCAUCGGGCCCUGCGGCGCUUCCUGGAGCGGGUGCCUGAGGAGUACAGCCUGGGCGUCCUGUUCUGCCCCUGCACCAACACCCUGUGCGGGGAGAGGAGGAGGAAAACCAUCGUACCGUCCUGCUCCUACCAGGAGAUGGAGGGACCACAGCCCAACUGCCUCCAUCAGCAGAGCUUCUGCCGCCGAGACGACCUCUGCAGGUCCAGACUGGCUGAUUUCCUCCAUAACUGCCAGCCAUCUCCUCUGUCGGCUAGCGGCUGUCUGAGAGACUCAGCAGGCCUCUGCCUCCGGGCCUACGCAGGACUCAUCGGUACCAUCAUGACCCCCAAUUACAUCAGUAACAGCUCUGCAGAUGUAUCGCUGUGGUGUAACUGUGAAGGCAGCGGCAACCAGUGGCAGGACUGUCUGAGACUCCAGCGCAUGUUCACCCACAACCCCUGCCUGCGUAACUCUAUCAGUUCAAUGGGGAACCCCAGCCCCCAGCCUGCAGACAUCACCCCCCCUCCUGCACCCAGGCCCUCCCCACUGGUUCAGGUGGACGACCUGCUGAGCAACAACCACCUACCUGACAACAUUGUGGUGGAGAGUCCGGAGGUGGAGGUGCUGGGAGGGGAGACGACGGAAAAGGUUGACGAAGGCGGCCAGUUUGAUGUCAUCUCGCUGUUUUCAGAGAGGGCCACCGUCUCCAACCUGGGCUCUGGGGCCGGGGGGGCCGCAACCCCCUCCACUGGUCCUCCUCCCCCUAUGCUGGUCCUCCUCCUGCUUCUAACUGCCUCCCUCAGCUGGGGGUAG